GGGCAACCGAUCAGUUUCCCCGGGUCGCGCUGCUCUGCACCACGGAGGGUACACACACACUUUAAUCAUUUGCAUACUCCAGCUCCCCCUCCCGAGCUCUGAUUGGUCGGGGGGCGGCGGCCUGGCGUGGAAUCCAGCUUCCAAACUUUCUCAGUUAGAUCCCAACUCUUGUGUUGAGCGUGGAGACGGAGCGGGACGGAGAGGAAGAGGAUGGACUCUUAAUUAUAUGUUCUGUGUAAUUACCGUGGGGUUGGACUGAAGGAUAUCUUUCCGAUACAGAGUCGAUCGCGGAGAUGUGUGAAUAGCUCUCGGACCGUCGGAGCCGUGACCUCUUGUGAGCGCCAUGCUGCCGGUUCUACUGCUGCUGGCCCUGGGCCUUGGUUCUGAGGCCCACUCCCCCUCCGACCCGGCCACCUCCACCAUCCUGUACCGGUUAUGGGAGGAGCAGCCGGCCGGCACGCGGGUGGGCCGGCUGCUGGACGACCUGCGUCAGCGCGGCUUCAGCGGCCCGAUGGACCACUUCCAGGUGGUGGAGCACGGGGAAGCCCUUCCCUUCUCCGUCAGCGGCCGGGACGGGGAGGUGACGACCCUCAGUUGGCUGGACCGCGAGAAGCUGUGUCGCGGGGCGGACCUCUGCGAGCUGGCCUUCAGCGUCCUGUACAAGAAGGGUGGCGCCAUGGACUUCCUGCGAGUGCGUGUGGAGGUGAUGGAUCUGAACGACCACAGCCCCGCCUUCCCUGAAGAACUGCAGGAAGUGGAGAUCUCGGAGACCGCCAGCCUCCAGAUGAGGAUCCCCCUGGACAGGGCGGUGGACCCCGACGCCGGCCCCAACGGGCUCCAGACGUACUCGCUGUCCGACAAUCAACACUUUGCCCUUGAGGUGACGGUGGGGCCGGGCGGCUCCAAACAAGCUGAGUUGGUGGUCAUUAAGGAGCUGGACAGAGAGGCGCAGGCCACCUUUGAGCUGACCCUGACGGCCUGGGAUGAAGGCGUCCCACCCCGGUCUGGGACUACAACGGUCCGAGUUAAUAUACUGGACUCCAAUGACAACAGCCCCGUCUUUGAGGACUGCAAACCCGUCGUAGAGCUGGCCGAGAACACGGUGCAUGGUACCAUCGUGGUCAACGUGAAGGCCACAGAUCCGGACCAGGGGGCCAACGGGGAGGUCGAGUACUCCCUGAGCAAGCACGCCCCGCCUGAGGUGCAGAAGCUCUUUGACGUCGAUCAAGAAACCGGGUCUGUGACCCUGAAAGGACCCCUGGACUACGAGGCCAGGCGUUCUUUUGAAGUGGACAUACAGGCUCGUGACCGAGGACCCAACGCCAUCCCGUCCCACUGUAAGCUUCAGAUCAAGCUGAUGGACAUCAACGAUAAUGCACCGAGAAUUCACAUCACUUGGACUCCUCCGGACUCCCCCGUCGCGACGGUCCGUGAGGGAGCACCUCGGGACACCUUCCUGGCCUUGGUGAUGGUGUCCGACGCUGAUUCAGGGGACAACGGUAAAGUAAAUGCCUUCAUCCAGGAAGGAUCUGGGCCCUUCCAUCUGAAAAAGAUCCAUGGGGACAACUACAUGAUUGUCACCAACGGCAGCCUCGAUAGAGAGAAGCACAUGCAGUAUAACAUCAGUCUCCUUGCCAAGGAUCACGGAGACCCGCGACUGUCUUGCGUGAAACACCUCACCGUCAAUGUUCAGGAUGAGAAUGACAACCCGCCUGUCUUCACUCAACCCGUCUACAGUGCCUCUUUCCAGGAGAACAACGUGAUUGGAUACAUGGCCCUCCAAGUGGAGGCCCAUGAUGUCGACAUGGAGCUUAGUGGAAGGGUGUCCUACUCCAUGCGGGAGUCAAACGAGCUGGGAUCGUCAACGGCAUACUUCUCCGUCCACCGGACCAGUGGCAUGGUCAGCGUACAGAAGUCGCUGGACUACGAGGAUUCUGCCCACUACUCCUUCAUUGUGGAGGCCGUGGACCAGGGCUAUCCUCCGCUCACCAGCACUGCCACGGUCAACAUCCACAUCGAAGACAUCAACGACAACUACCCCGUCAUCAAAGAGCCCAUGGCGAUAAACGGGGUGGCGUAUUUAAGCGUGCCUGUUAACGCAGACAAGGGCGAGAUUGUGAUCGAACUUGGCGAUGAAGGGGCUGAAGGUUCCACCACCUCUCCCAUCGGUCCACCAGCCAGAGAAGGGGUGGUAGGGUUCCUGGCUACAGUCCUCAAGGCGGAAGAUCCAGAUUCUGGGCCAAAUGGUGAUCUCGGUUUCCUCAUUGCCGAUGGAAAUCCCGAUGGAUUAUUCUGGUUGGAUAACACCACGGGCCAGCUCUUCGUGAACACCACCAAUGCCACCGAGCUGAUUGGGAAGACGUUUACAGUGGGCGUGGCCGUGUCAGACAUGGGUACUCCUGGAUUGGUAACUAAGGCGACCCUGGAGGUGAGCUUCAUCAACCUGAAAGACCACCUCAGGAACUCGGGGGCCGGCAACCGCAGGCAACUCAGCUUCACCAUGAUGAUCGCCAUCUGCCUCGGGGCCACCUGCCUCCUGCUAAUGCUCGCCAUCGCUCUGGUGACCACGUUCUGCCGCCCCGAGAAACGGGACAACCGGGCCUACAACUGUCGGGAGGCGGAGUCAACCUACACCCGCCACCCGCGUCGCCCGCAGAAGAACAUCAGGAAGUCGGACAUCCAGCUGAUUCCCGUCAUCCGGGGCCGAAAAGACGAUCCGUCGGAGGGCGACGGCGAGGCCCAGCCCCUCGGCCCGGCCCCCGCGGCGCCCGAGGAGCCGCAGACGGAGCGACAGUACAGCGUGGCGCCGUCGGCCAACAACGCCAGCCUCCGCUCUCUGACCUACCUCGACGCGGACUCCUCCCCGCCGCCCUCCUCCUACGCCCGAACGCUCCGCAAACCGGGAGGCUUCGAGUUGGACGGAACCCUCCCCCGCACGCCGGCCACCCCGUACCGCACGCUGCGGCGGGCCAGAAACCCGUCCUCCUCCACCUCCUCGCUGUCGCACGGCGGCACCCUGAGGCGGCCCGCGCGCUCGGAGGGGGCGGGGCCGGGGGAGGGCGAGGAGGAGGAGGGGGCGGGGCCGGCGUCGUGCUCCAGCUCCACGGCGACCCUGCGCCGGCCGAAGGCCCUCGAGGGCGGGGGGAGGCGAGAGGCGGAGCAUCGGCGCAUGCUCAGGAACCUGGUGCGCCUCUCCAUGGCCGCCUUCGGGGACAACAUCGAGCUCUCUGCUGCUUCGCCGGAGGUCCAGCAGAUCUCCCAGCUCCUCUCCCUCCUCCACCAAGGACAGCUGCAGCCCAGGCCAAAUUUCCGUGGCAACAAGUACUCUCACCGUGCCGGCAGAUACGGAGGUCCGGACUGCCAGGACUGGCAGAGCACCAAGGACAGCGGGCACGGGGAGAGCGAGGCCGGCGACGUGGACUGGGAGGCCGGGAGGGACUCCCCUGACCAGGAGGAAGGCUCCUGCACACACAUCCACACGACUGACGACGUCUUCGCUGACCUGGACCCUGCCUGGGUGGCCCGCCUCUCCCUCCCCCUCUCUGCCGAUUACCAUGACAACAUGUUCGUCCCCGGCGCCCCGCCGGCCCCCGACUCCCCUGACACGCCCCCGGGAGGGCUCGACCCCGCCUCCUCCUUCUCCACCUUCGGCAAGACGCCGGAGAAGGACGGCCCCCUGGGCGGGGCCCUGCUGUCGGAGGUCAGCACCCUCUUUGAGAUGCUCAUGACCCAGAAGGCCGACGCCCAGACAAGCCCCUCCCCCGCACUCCUCUACAGGCUGUCGGCUGCCUACCGCCGCUCGAUGGGGCUCGACGGCGGCGGGGGGAGGGGCGUUGCAGGCGCUGCCGGGGAGCCGUCGUCAGGGUUCAGCUACCACUAGACUAGACGCCGCCCAGAAACCUCAAGGGAAGUGGCACAUAUAUGUCCUGUAUGUCUGACUACGGCGGUGGCCUGGUAGCAUUUUAGCUAACUGGCUGUGGCUGCGUUAACGCAUCACAAGAUGGCCGCCGGCAUCCACAACUGUAAAUAUUCAACUUUUUCAUUUGUUGCUAGAAUGUGAGGUGUUUAGAUGAAUGAGUGAGGACCUCCUGUGAUGAAGGGUGGAAUGUGGGUUAUCUGCAUCAUGUGACCAGGUUUCUUUGACCUCCUCUGUCUUCCGCCCAGAGACGUCUCGAAGAUUCUGGAAAAGGGAGAGACAAGGGUUCUUCUGUUAUAUUCCGUUUUGUAUUGUCCGUUAAAUAAGGAUCCACACGGUUUAAUAAAUGAACUCAGCAUAGAGGAAAUGUCCCUUUUGUCUGCGGUGAAGUUAAAACGACAACAAAUUAUAAUGGAUGUGUUCUGUUCCAUAUUUUAACAUGAAUGAUGAAAAAUUCUGGGAUUUUACAAUAUAGGCCUACUGAUGGAUUGGGAGGUUCAUUUAAGGGACUAUUUUUCUGUUAAAAUGGGCCAAGCUACUUUUUUAGGAUGUUUUCAAUGUCAUAUUUCUCUAUGUAUCAAAAAAAAGCACUUUGUAAAUUCAUUGUGUAUACAUUCUGGAAAUGAUUUGACUGAAUAUGUUUGUUGUGAUCAUUUGUUUGUAUGCCUACGCCGUUAUCCUUAAAACGCACGAGAGAAUCACAAAAAAGAACUGCAGAGAAAAUAUUACGACUGGCAACGACGAAUUUAUGAAAAUAAAUAUUCCUUCAUGCUUUAAACCUUAUAAGUGUUGGCAGUUCAUAAACAUUAGACAUGUACUGGUCAUCAGUUCUCUGUUCAUAAUUUCUAAUGGACAAAUCGAAAACGAUAAUUAACUCAAAUAUGAAGAAUAAAGUUGCAGCUAUUCAGUCAAAACCCGUCAGAAAUUAAAAACUAAACCAAAUAAGAAUUACUUUGAAAACAGCACCAUCUUCUGGCAGAAAAUGUUAAUAUUUACAACAAGGCUCUUGCUUUCAAAUGAGGCCAAAACCUCAACACCACUGGCAGAUAAGUUUGCAAGAGAAUGAAACAUUGAAAAGGAGAGAUGAGGAGAACAUGAGCUCUGA